AUGAUCACUAUGGGAGAUGAUAAACUUCCUAUUAAACGUGUCUUCAGUCAAGGACAGAUUGAUUGCGGUGAGUUUGGAGAUCCCAAGGUCUACUGUACCCGGGAAUCUAACCCCCUCUGUGGGUCUGAUGGCCAGACAUAUGGCAAUAAGUGUGCCUUCUGCAAGGCAGUGGCGAAGAGUGGUGGAAAGAUCAACCUAAAACACAAUGGAAAAUGCUGA